UCGCAGAACUGCAGGAGUUCAGCCGCUCCCCGAACGCGGAAGGAUUUUCGACUAGGAAGUGAAUGGCUUCCAAACACCAGGUCGGGAGUUGGACCGACGAGGCAAUUUGUCCCGUCUGCCUUGAUAUCUUCACCGAUCCGGUAUCACUGGAGUGUGGACACAAUUUUUGCCGCGACUGUAUCAAACGGUGUUGGGAAAAGGAUGCGAAGAUCGCCUGCCCGGAAUGCCGAGAGCAAUUCAAGGAAAUCGUCUUUAAAGCGAACCGGGCCUUAUCGAGACUGGCUGAUAAAGCUCGAGAACUGAAUUUAAAUCCGUCAGCGCAGGAAAGUAAACUUCACUGCGAGGAACAUGAGGAAGAACUGAAGCUGUUUUGUGAGACGGACAAGAAACUGCUCUGCCUGAUCUGUAGAGACGCGCGGGAGCACAAGUUUCAUAACUUUAUGCCGAUUAAAGAAGCUGUUGAAUUCUACAAGGAGCAGGUGAAAUCGUCCCUCACGUCACUCACCGCGAGGAAAUCGGUAAUUCUCCGAAAGGAGCAGCAACAGGAACAGCAGAUUUCUGAGAUUCGGGACCAGUCGCGUAGCUUGGAGUUGUAUAUCUCAUCCGAGUUCACUCAAAUGCAUCAGAAGCUCACCGAGAAAGAACAGCGCUUAAUCAGAGAUCUCAAGAAACAGGAGGAAAGGGCUGUAGACCAAAUAGAGAGACAUCUUUCUGAGAUUCAGAGGAGUUUAACUUCCAUUGAGGAGGCAAUCUCAAUGCUGCAGAAGCAGAUGGAGCAGAAAGAUGAUGUGGUUUUUCUGAAGGAGGAAUCCUGUCGGAAGAGAAGGGUUGGAGAUGACGGGACACUUGGAAUCACGGAAGGGGUUCUGACGUUAGAAAAAUUAAUUGGUCCAUUACCUUUACCAGUGUGGAGGGAAAUGUUUGAUGACAUUCAUCCUGUCUCUGUCACCCUGGAUGUGGAAACGGCGGGUCCGGGGCUCGAGGUGUCUGAGGAUCGGAGAAGUGUGAGGUGGAUCCGGACGCUGAGGGAGCUCCCUGAUGGAGGGAAGAGGUUUACUGCCUGUCCUUGUGUGCUGGGAUCGGAGGGGUUCACUUCGGGGAGACAUUACUGGGAGGUGGAAGUGGCGGGGAAUCAGGGCUGGGGUCUGGGAAUCGCCGCUGAGUCUGUGGAGAGGAAGGGGUGGGUCGAGCUGAGCCCGAAGACUGGAUUCUGGAUCAUCGGACGUGUUGAUGACGGGUUCAAUGCAUUAACAUCCACGCCAUCCCCUCUGCCUACCGGUCCCAUCCCCGGGAGGGUGGGAGUUUAUCUCAGUUACGAGCCCGGGACAGUUUCAUUUUACAACGCGGACACCAAGUCUCAUCUCUACACCUUCAGUGGAAAUAAAUUCACGGGAAAACUUUAUCCUUUCUUGGAAACUUGGGAUAAAAGUUGGCUGAAAAUCUGCUCCGUGUAUAUAAACGGGUCAGGUCCUGGGACCAGCGUCACGAGUGGGGCUCAGGGGCUGUGAGGCAGGAAUCCCGUUGACAACAGGUUAGCGCCAAUUAGGUCCGAUUUACUCCAGAAAUCCCGAAUUGAGUCUGGAAAUAAAUUACGUGUAGAUGUAAAUAAAAUAUAUAUAUAUAUAUGAUGCAUGAACUACAGAUCUAUUAAUUUUAAGGUGAUAACUAUAUCCUUCAACAGAACAUAAACAGUUUUGCGAAAAUUUAAAGAUUGAAACAAUCCUAUAUGAAUUGCCGCGAAAGGCAGAUGGGCAAGCCGCAGCCGAGCUCCCCAACUCCCUCGGGUCCUAAAGCACGGCGAAUGCCUUUUCUUUCCACUUUCUGUAAACUGGCACGAAUGAAUACCAUCAUUUGCUCCAGUCAAAAGUUGCAGCAUAGUGUUUUUGUUUUAUUGUUGAAAAUUGCAGGCGUUGCAUCUCUGAAUGCAAAACCGAAACACUAAGGAGGUCUAUCAGCAUCUGGGGAAAGACAGAUAACUUUAAAGUUGAAGUCGAGGACACUUCAUUCUGAAGCUCCAGAGAGUGAACGUAGAAGAAUAUAAAAAGACACCAAUUAGAGAAAGAGGGGGAAACAGAAAGAGAGAGAGAGAACACAAUGAAGUUCAAAGUUAAUUUAUUAUCAAUGUACAUAUAUAUGUCACUAUAUAAAACUCUGAGGUUCAUUUUCUUGAAGGUAUACCCAGUAAAUCCAAGAACGCACCAAACAGGACGGACAUACAACCAAUGUGCAAAAGGCAACAGACAGUGCAACUACAAAAUAAUAAUAACAACAGGCUGGGGGUCCUCUGGUCAGCAUAUUUUCUUUUUGUUUACCUUUUCCAUUUUUUUAUAUGUAUAAAACUACAAUUAUUUAUACAUUCUUAAGUACACAUUGAGAUGAUAUAAAAGCAAAA